AUGAAUGGCCAGCAACUGGAGCCACCGGCAGCACAAAGCACAAAGCACACAGCAUCAACAUCAGGAGCCGGAAAUCUGGUCAGUGUUUCUUGGUCCAAAGGCAUCACAAACCAUUGGAUCUCAGUUUCGAUCAGAAUCUUAAAUCUAAUAAACUCAACUUCCAGAAUGAAGGUCUUUGUGUGCUUGUUGGUUUCCCUGGCUCUGGCCAACGCCGGUGGCCUCCGAGGCGGUGCAGGAGGCGGCUAUCUGCCCGGUGGAGGACGUGGUGGUGGCGGCGGAGGAUUCGGUGGCCGCCCGGCUAUUGGAGCUGGCCUGGUGUCCCACGUCUCGCAGUCGCAGGGCAACACUAAGGUCCACAUCGGCGGUGGUUCCGCCGGCGGUGCUGGUGCUUACGGAGGUGGCGGCUAUGGCGGCGGUGCUGCCUCGUACGGCGGUGGAGCUGGUGCUGCCUAUGGCGGUGGUGCUGGAGCUUCCUACGGCGGUGGUGCAGCUUCUUAUGGCGGUGGACGCGGAUCUGGUGGAUGGCAAGGAGCUGGGGCUGGACGUGGUGGUGCUGGAGGAGCUGCUGGCUGGCAAGGUGCUGGAGCAGGUCGUGGUGGAGCAGGCGGCUGGCAGGGUGGUGCCGGAGGAGCUGGAGCUGGCAACGCCUGGGGCAACCCCGCUGAGUUCGAUUACACUGUCAACCACGCUUCCGGAGGUGCUGGUGGUGCAGGUGGGGCCUACGGUGGUGCUGCUGGUGCCUACGGUGGUGGCUCCCGCGGCGGUGCCGGCUGGUGGAACGAUUAAGUAACGACACCUGCUUUAUCUGUAAACAUCUGAAUCCGACCAAUAAAGUUUUAACAUAAAAAUAA